CGGCCAGAUUUCUUCCGAAGAAUAUUAAAGAUGACCCCGUCAGAGUGUUUGAGGAUGGUUGGGUGUUGGGGAACGAGAAUUUGGGCAGAGACAUGAGGAGGGGGAGAGUUAAAAUCGAGGGACCUGGAGUUGCCUCCUACGUAGCAAAAACGAGAGAAGCUGCUCAAUUCAUGCUCUUAGAAGGACAAGUGGAGGUAUCUUUGGGAACGGAGACGUACAGGCUGCUGUUCAAGCCGUGGAUGACCAGGGCGGAAUUUCGGGACUUAAGAAGACAGGAGGAUGAAAACGUUUUUUGGGUAAUAGCGCUGCAAAUUCCGCUGGAUGUUAUGCCCUUUAUUUAUGCUCAGAUCGAAAAGGUAAUCGGCAAAAUUGUUCUGGCUCACCCAACAGACGCGGAUCCAGCAAGGCCAGCACUCGUGAAUGCGAAGUUUGACCUUGAACCGGAGGCAAGAGCGAACAUGAAGGAUGUUUUGUGGAUCGAAACUUCGAAGGGAGAUACCCUAGAAGUCCGGUUAGCAUCCUCGGGUACACCGAAGUGUAGGAAAUGCAGACAAUUUUUCCACACGGAAGACGAGUGCAGGAGAGGGGUCAGAUCAGGGUUUCAGGGUGCUCCAGGUAGGGCGGGAGCGUCCUCAAGUCAAGCCCAAGGCUAUCAGCAUCAGCCGGCAGCAAGCGUUCCUCGUCAAGGCAGUUACCAAGGGUCGCUGGCCCCAAGUGCACCGAAUCAGGUUCCCCCAGCAGGGGGUCUUCAAGGUGGCUUCAUGAGGAAUAAUCCAAUGUUCUCCCCAGGGACAGGAGGGGGAGGGCAGAGCGGCGCAUUGGGGACACAACUUCCAGGACCCUUCCAAUCUCGUGAGGUCUUGGCCAGAAGACUUGGAAAGUAUUUACCGGCGCUCGUGGCAGCAAAUCGAGCGGCAUUUGUCAGUGGGACGUCGAUACAUGAGAACAUCGUGACGGUGAUUGAGAUCUUGGAGGUGGUCAGACAGGAAGAUCUAGAUAUGGCGGUCCUUCUCCUAGAUAUGGAGAAGGCAUACGAUCGGGUGAACUGGUCGUAUGUGUUGACCACUUUGAGAUGGAUGGGGUUCGGCGAGGUAUUUUGCUCUUGGGUCAUUGCGCUGUACUCGUUAUCUACGGCCUCAGUCAUGGUUAACGGUCACAUCUCUUCAGAAUUCAAGCUGUCGCGGUUGCUCCGACAGGGUUGCCCGCUGGCGCCGCUCUUGUUCGUGGUGCACUUGGAAGUCCCGCUAAAUAACAUUAGGGAGCACUGUAGCAUCGUUGGCCUGGGGCUGGGCCAACAGUCUUGUAGAGUAAAGGCGUUAGCGGAUGACCUCUUUGCAGUCACAGAGAAUACGUUAGAGUCGAUGACGGCUCUGCGCCAGUGCCUCAGCCAAUACGAAAUCCUGUCAGAAACAGCUAUAAAUUGGUCGAAAUCUGUGUAUUUCCUCCCAAGUCAACGCACUCCGGCGGUGGAUUGGGGCAUGAAGAGAGUGCAACAGCAAGAUUCGGAACGGUUCUUGGGUGUACAAGUGGCUCUCUCGUCUUGUGUCACAAGGCAAGAGGAGAUCUUGCAGAACAAAGUUCUGCAGAGAAUGAGCACGUGGGGUAAGGCCCCUCACUUGUCCCUCAUAGGAAGGGUGUUGGUGAUUAAUGUGGUGUUUUUUGCUUUGCUCACCUUUGUGGGCAAUGUAAGGCCUCUAGGGAAGAAGACGCUAGCUGUAGUCAAAUGGAAGGCGGCAAGAUUUGUGUGGAAACCAUUUGCAGAUGAAGAAGAGAAUGUGAUGCCAAAAGUGGCCUGGGAUUUGAUCUGUGUACCCAGAUCGGAAGGAGGUUUAGGGAUGAUUGAUCCAUGGCGAAGGAACACAGCUAUGCUCGCGCAGUGGGUGGUUCGAGCUAUCUGCCUGGACAAAGACCCGCAUUGGGUGCUCCUGGGGGAACGGAUCCUGAGUAGGGAAUGGAACCUCCAUCUACCUGCAGAUGUCUGGGCCUGUGUCUGGAUGGAUUCGUACCUCAGGAGAAGGAUUAGUUCUGAAUUCUGGCAGGCGGUAUUACGUGCAUGGCGGAAGGUUAAACCGGAUCAAUGCUGCGCUCCAAAGACGAAGGCCGAAGUUCUGUCCCAAGUCAUUUUUGAAAACCAGAAUAUUAGAGAUCAACGGGGUCAGAUGCUUAUGGCAACUUCUUCUCCAGGGAGUUUUGGGAAAGCAUGGGUGGAGCGUGGAGUCACCCGGUUGAGGGAUUUGUGGAAUACCCUUACCGGAUCCUGGCUGUGCGAGGAAGAGCUAGAGGAAAAGUUGAGACCUACUAGGUAUAUUAAGGAAAGGAAAAGGCAAGUUUUGGAGGCCAUCCCAGAAGAAUGGCAUUACAUUUUGGACCCGGCGCAGGUUGACCCUGUAGGUACUUGGUAUGAGACGGUACCAGACGAAGGAGGAAGGCUGUUUUUGAAAUCGGUGGAAAUCUCGGAGGAAGACGGACGGAAGUUCCAGCAAUGGCGGGCUCAGGGUCUGGAGGGAGUCUUGGUGCAUCAUGAAGAAGAGGAGACGCUGAUCAAAAUCCCAAGAGGACAGAUCCAUGAGAUUAGAGUUAGGGAAUCGGUUGAUGAAGAAGGAACAUGGAAAGUGGUCUUGUGGAAUCACGGUCAGUCAAUUGUGGAUCUGAGAGCUGACCCAGAUCAAUGGGGCUGGAGGGGAAGAGGGCUUAAAGGUGACACGCUUAUGCUGGAUGGGUUCUCACUUAAGCUGGCGUAUGAACUACAGAAGCCGCCUAAAACUCCUCUGCUAACAGCUACGGAGAGAUGGCAACGAGUCUAUCCGGAGGAGACGGAACGGAUACAUGAGGUCUUACCAAGAUGUUGGGAACAACUAGCGAUCGCUCCGAAUACCAGAGCUGCAACUCUGCUCUGGUUAGAGUCGUUGUUAGCAACUCCCUCGGCACCGCUGUGCUCCUCCGACGGCGGCGGCGGCGGCGGCGUCGUGUUUCCCGUCGCGCUUAUGAGCCUCGCCACCCCCCGUCCUCUGGCAAAUGGACUUCCCAGUCGAUCGAGGGCGGCGCGGUUUCUGCGCGGGCUAGCAGCGGGCAGUGAUCGGCAUCCCCGCGGUCCCAGUCUAUAUCGGCCUUAUCAGGACAUUCGUGAAGUCAUCCGUCGUCAAUUUCUGGGAGAGGAGGAGGAACCUGUCGGUGAUGCCGGGGGUGCUGCGGAGGUGGUCGCCGUCCCUGCUGCUGAUCGGAUCGGAGGAGAGCGGGGCGGCGACCAGCGGGCGUCGCGCUCUGCUGUGAAGUGUCCGGCCUCAUCGCCAGCCUUGUUCCACUGCCGUCAUGAGAAUCCGUGUCGGCUAGUGGGGACAAGAACUGCUGCUGCUGCUGCUAUUCCCAAUGCAUAUGCGGUGUUCGCAGAAUCUAUGCCGUCUUCGCAUCAUCUGCGGGGGAAACGUGGAGGAGGAGGAGGUGGUCGCUUCCUCAGCAGGCAGUGUCCGCUCGCUGCUAGCAAAUCGUCGACGCUGGAUUCAACUGAACACCUAGGAGGAGGAGGAGGAGGAGGAGGGUGGUCGGUUGUCGUUUGCUCGCGUGUGUGCCCUCUCUCAUCGUGCUUACCAGUCCAACAACACUCGCGAUCGUCCGUCGCAUUGCGUUGCCAUUCCCAGGCAGACGCAUUUCCUUCCUCCUCGUCGUGCGCCUGCACGUCUGCUUCAUCCACGUCGUCGUCGCCAUUGCCUGCGAGCUCCGCAUCGGGAUCUCAGCCAGCGACCUCGACCUCGACGGCCCAGACGUCGGCGAUGUCUCCGUCAGUGCCGUCGUUGUCAGUGUUGGCCGCCGAUGCGUCGGGAGGAUCGAGUCCUGGAGGGCGGCGGUCAAUUGCCACCGCUGCUACUGCUGCUGUGGUGGCUGCUGCCGCCGCCAACGGGAUCCCGACUUGCGUUGCUGCCGUUCGCCCGUCCACGUCCCUAUCAAAAUUAGCACUGGAAGCCUCAGCGAGCUCCCCGUCUUCCUCGGUGUCGACGAGAUGUCUUCCGGAUAGCACGGCGGCCAUGAACGAAGCAAUGAGGAAGCAGCAGCAGCAGCAGACAGGGAGGGAGGAGGAGGGGGGUGGGGAUGUUAGGUCGGGUCGAGGGUCUUCUUGGCCGCGCGUGCUCAUCGGCAAUGUCGAGGAACUGGAGAGGAAGAAGAAAGCAAUCCGACUCGGCGGGAGGUCAAAGCUGCAGGUCAUUGCUGAUUUCGACAUGACUCUGACGAAAUUCCGUGUGAAUGGGCGAAAAGGACAGACGUGCCACGCGCUGUUGAGUCAGGAAAACCCCGAAUAUGAUCGAAAGCGGCAGCAACUAUAUGAGCAUUACUAUCCGUUGGAGAUCUGUCCUGAUCUGAGUUAUGAAGACAAGUUCAGGUACAUGGAAGAGUGGUGGACGAAAGUGCACGGGCUGCUUGUGGAGGGAGGUUUGCAGCGGUCAGCGAUCAGGGCCUCGGUGGGCAGCGCCAACAUAGAAUUCCGUGAAGGAUGUACGGAGCUUUUUGCUCUCCUUGAGCAGCUGGAGGUUCCGUUACUCAUUUUUUCAGCCGGGUUGGCGGAUAUCAUUGAGGAGGUUAUGCUCCAGCGCAUUCAUCGGCAAUUCGCGAAUAUAACGGUGGUGUCGAAUCGGAUGGCAUUCGAUGAGCAGGGCAGUCUAACGGGCUUCGUUGGGAAGACAAUCCACAUUUUGAAUAAGAAUGAACACGCGUUGCAGUUGAUGAUGCUCUCUGAUAAAGAGGAUGGCGAUGAAAUCGCCUCCACCCCUCUUGGUAACGACGGCAGCGACGAGGAAGGCCGCAGUGACGUGUCGCUUGGUGGUAUGAUGGGGAAUGGGGCUGUGGGUGGGUUGUCGGAAAUGACGUUGCGGGUGGCAGGAGGAGGAGAGGAAAGUGAAAAUGAAGGGAGGAGGGAAGAGGAGGAGAACGGAGGAAGCGUUUCAUGGAGCGCGGCGAACCGUCGGAUUGAUCGAGAGGUUGUGGAAAACGACGACAUCAAUUGUGAUCUUGUUGUGAAUGGCGCUGGACAUGUAGGAGUGGAGACGAAGAUGGAAGAGAAGAAGAAGAUGAAGAAGAAGAAGGAAAGGAAAGCGUCGAUGAGAGAACGAACCAAUGUUAUCCUGCUAGGGGAUCACGUCGGGGAUCUUGGCAUGUCAGACGGGCUCAGCUACGAGAAUCGCAUAACGGUGGGGUUUUUGAACGACAACGUGGAGACGAGAUCGAGAGCGUAUAUGCAAGCCUUCGAUGUUGUGGUUGUCGGAGAUGGACCAAUGACGCCUGUGGUAGAUAUUCUCCGCGAGGUUGUCUGAGAUCUGCGUUCCGUCUUUUGCUGCUUUCUUUCCUGCUCUUGUUUCUGUUACGUCCUCCCCCGCCCUCCAUGUUGUUCGAUUUUGUCCGUUAGGUUUUAACUUCCGUCUCGUCCUUGUCACGAAACCCCGCUGCUUGAUGUUCACCGAGCUGUGUCCUCUUCUAACGAUUCCACAUUCUGCUGUCUACCUCUGCGGUAAGACAUCAUGUCUUCUACGCAAGGAAGCCCCCUGUAUGGUUCUGUUUCUACACCUGUUUGUGCACCUGCUUCCCCAUCUUCUCUCCUCAUGCAAAACGUUUAGCGAUAUAGCGUUGCCGCGUUGUCUGUUGCACAAGCUAAGUGCCGAUGUUUUGUCUUUUGCCUCGAUCAUCCAUCCAGGUCUAGAUAUCAUGUUCCCCACGUUCCCUCUCUCUCAUCGCUUAUCUGCUUAUCUGAGUUCUCCCCUCUCAGGUUGUGCUCGAUUUUCCCUAUCUCCUGUCGCCAUUCGUUCUCUAAAGUCAUAAUGGGAUCUCUCUCUCCUAAGUACGCAAACGAUUCAUGCCGUGAAAUGGAAGGCACAAAGUAAAGUCUCUUGGGUUGGGCGCGAAGCGCACGGAAAAGUAUAUUGAAGAAGAAGAAGAGGGAUACACCCGAUACUCAAUUCUCCGCUGAGCCCCUAUCAAGGAGCUUGGAGAGGACUUGAUGCACUUACUCCCCCCUGCUGCCUUGAAGCGGUUGCAGCACUCUGUUGUCUGGUGCUGUGGGUACUUUUCGUUCGCCAGAGCUAUUUAUUGUUCGCCCGGUGUUCAAGGAGUGUGAGUAGGUGAUGCGCUGGUAGCCACAUGCUACGCGAUGUCCACAUCCACGUAGUGAGCGCGGAAAAGGACACGAGCUGAUCGGAUGUGGUCGACUGUGCGUGCGUUUGCGCCACGUGGGUGAAUUCUUGACGACUUUUGAUUACUCUGGAUUACUUGAUUGCGGUGCUCGACGUGGGAGACGAACUGAUGCCGCAGUUUGCAAAUUCGUGGUGGAUGAUGGGUGAUCUGGCGUUUACAUUACGGGACACGGCGCGCAGAGAAGUGUGGGAUCUGACUCUGAGGGAGCUCACGGGUGUACAGUGGAGGGGGGGGGGGGGGGUAGGUGUUGGCCAUACGGAUGGUCAUGAAGCUGUAGGUAGCGCAGCCAGGGAUGUCUGUCUGUCUUCGUGGGUGGGAAGCAUGUGAAAGAUGGCCAUUCUUUAGAGAGGGAAGUCAUAUUAACAGAGAGUUAUGGAGAGAGGAGAUCAUCAAGCACACUCCUGACAUGAGACUAUGCUGCUGCUUCUCUCUUUUCCUUGACUUCAUUAUACAUCAACAAUCGGGGCGAUAUUGCAGAACUCAGUGUAUAUAGAGGCCGCGAGCUCACGGUGAUCGGACGAACUGGUAUGUAUGCUCAGAUUAGCGGAUUUGCGGUGAAGGGACAUCGUUUAUUACACUCCGCGGCUGCUGGAAAUAUCGUGGACAGCAAGCGUUCCUUUGUCAAGACGCAGCGCGCUGAUGAUUCGCGGUUGACAUCAUGAGACGAGGAGGGAGGCACGCUUUGAUCUCGAAGCUGGGAUAUCCAAUACAGGAAUGUGUUUGUCUGGGUGGUGAUGUAAUGGAUCGGGGAGCGGGUCGCAGUCUGACUCGGAAAAGAUGAUAGUUUUAUUUUGUUAACUUGUCGACAAUUCAGUUGCUCAAAAUCAUUGCACUUAUGAAAAAUGCGCAUGCGGCACCGAAGACGCGCCUGACGCGUGUCAUUUCCACGUCACUUAUCAGCAGCUAUGGAGUCAUUUUGAUUUGUUAUUGUUACUAGGAAGUAAAUGCGAAGCCCUUUG